ACGGCCGGACCGAGGGACCGCUGGGCUGCGGGGCGGGGCACCCGAGGGCGUGGGUGGGCGCACUGGGCGCCGAGGGCGGGCUGUGGGCUCCUCUGCGUACUUGCCAAAUGAGAGGUGAUGCGGCUGCCCGGGAGCCGGGGGCCCCUGCUGGCCUGGACAGGGGCCAGAUGGUGAGCUCCCCGAGGGAAGGAGCCCUCUGUGUAGUGCUGUUACCCCGGCGCCUAGCAUAGUGCCUGGCACGACAGACACGCCUGUUAAUUGGAUGGAGAGAUGGAAUGUUUGUUUAGGCAUCAUAGUGCUUCACCAGAAUAAGGUGGGCCUUGCCCCAGGGGAGCACUCUGGUCAGGGGAGAGAGACUGAGAAGGCCACGGAUCGACUAGCCAGUGGAGCACAGAGCAUCCCUAAUGACAGUCCUACCCAUGGUGAGGGCACCCACUCUGAAGAGGAAGGCUUCACCGUUGAUGAGGAGGAUUCUGAUGGGGAAGUGAAUACCUGGGAGCUGUCAGAAGGGCUGUCUGGCUGUCCGCCCAAGGAACAGGCUGCUGAUCUUUUUAACGAGGACUGGGACCUGGAGUUGAAAGCAGAUCAAGGGAAUCCGUACGAUGCUGACGACAUCCAGGGUUGCCUGUCUCAAGAGGUCAAACCCUGGGUGUGCUGUGCCGCGCAAGGAGACAUGAUCUACGACCCCAGCUGGCACCACCCUCCUCCUCUGAUACCCCAUUAUUCCAAGAUGGUCUUUGAAACGGGACAGUUUGAUGAUGCCGAGGACUGAGUGUGCCUGGUGGUGGGUGGCCGGCCCUCCAGAUCGAGGUCUCCUUUCUUUGAGGCGGGAUGUCGGAUCUGAGGAAGCAUUCGCAGUGAUCCCCGAGUCGGGCGCACACCCUGGUGCCCGCCGUCCCCCAGUUCUGUUGUCAGUGUUGUUUUUAGUGAGCUCCUCCUUGGAACGUGUGAGUGUUGGUGUCUGUGUCAGGAGGGGGAGUUGUGUUCUUUAUAAAUAAAUGUUGGAAAAAACCAG